CUGACAUUGCCCGUCACGACACAGUAGGUGGCGGUAUGCGCCUGUAACGUUGGUUGCGACCCGCCAUAAAAUGAAGAAGAAGAAGAAGAAGCAAGCGAUACUGCGGAUGCGCAAGAUUCAGUGUCUGUGACCUUGAAGCAGUGUGCACUGAGGCGACACAAUGGGGAACACGAGCAGCGAGAGAGCUGCGAUGGGCCACGGGGAGAAGGCCACGCGGCGGGACAGCAGGGGCAACAAGGACGGCGAGAGGCCCAAAAUCCUCAUGGACAGCCCGGAGGAUGCAGACAUUUUCCACGGGGACGACAUGAAAGCACCCUUAGAGAAAGAAGAGUUCCUUGCUUGGCAAGACUUAGAAGUGGAGGACAAAGGGCCAAUAUUAAACCGGCCAACUGUCUUUCGCUGGACUGGCGAUAGCAAGGAGGUCUUCCUCUCUGGAUCCUUCAACAACUGGUCUAAUAAGAUUCCUCUGAUUAGAAGUCAGAACACCUUUGUCACCAUCGUUGGACUCCCUGAAGGGGAGCACCAGUACAAGUUUUACGUAGACGGCCAGUGGACUCACGACCCAACUGAACCUGUUGUUACAAGUCAGCUGGGCACAGUCAAUAACAUAAUCCAGGUGAAGCAAACUGACUUUGAGGUAUUUGAUGCUCUCAUGGUGGACUCGCAGAAGUGCUCCGACAUGUCAGACCUGUCCAGCUCUCCUCCCGGGCCGUAUCACCAGGAUGCUUACGUUCCAAAACAAGAAGAAAAGUUAAAGUCUCCACCUAUACUUCCACCACACCUGCUCCAAGUCAUCCUCAAUAAAGAUACUGGAAUAUCUUGUGAUCCUGCACUCCUGCCAGAGCCAAACCAUGUCAUGCUCAACCAUCUUUACGCACUUUCCAUUAAGGAUGGCGUUAUGGUGCUGAGCGCCACGCAUCGCUAUAAGAAGAAGUAUGUCACCACCUUGCUAUAUAAGCCCAUCUGACCAACGACCAUGCAGGUGUUUUGAAAAACUGGCUCAAGCAAUAGUAGGACUUUGUCACCUUAUCACAUUAAAUUCACUGGACGUGUUAGUUAGUGGAGUUGUAUACACGCUAAUAAAAAAAUAAAAAAAGACAAAAUAAUUAAUUUGCAAGAAAGAUAGGCGUAGUUUAAAACCUAUGUCACACAGUCAGAGAUCCUACCAAAACGCCCGUCAGAGCUAGAACAGUUUGGUAAACUGCAACGCUUUCACACAGUAAUCAGACAUCAGCACUAGCAUCGGGUGAGAUAUCUAAAAUACUAAAGUAUGAAACUUCACACCCCCACAUUCCCUUUUAUACACGACUUCUAUAGUACAACCUAAAAAAGAACGAGCUUAGGGUUUUAUAACUCCAUUUCCUGCCUUUCCGUGCAACUUUGUUCUGCUUUGUGUGAUGCAUUCAGGGAACUCGGAGAUGUAGCCCAUGUGAAGCUUAGGAGGUUUGACAUAACAAAAACAUAUAAUGGCUGAUGAGCGUGACCAUAAAUACAGUAAUUGCAUUGUUAUUGAUCCUGACAAUGUAACCUUAUUAUUGUUUGGAAUACAUUUCAUUGCAUAUCCACACACUAGUUUGUUUGGCGCCAAUACUGCGUUUUAGUGCACUUAGGGUUUGGAUUAGUAAGUUCUUUACAAGUGGUACAGUGUUAAAUCAGUGCAUUGUUGUUGAUCCUGACAACUUAGCCGUACUAUUUUUUUGGAAUACAUUUCAUUGCAUAUCUACACACUAGUUAGUUUGCCGCCAAUACUGCGUUUUAGUGCACUUAGGGUUUGGAUUAGUAAAUUCUUUACAAGUGGUACAGUGUUAAAUCAGUGCAUUGUUGUUGAUCCUAACAAUUUAGCCGUACUAUUUUUUUGGAAUACAUUUCAUCGCAUAUCCACACACUAGUUUGUUUGGCGCCAAUACUGCGUUUUAGUGCACUUAGGGUUUGGAUUAGUAAGUUCUUUACAAGUGGUACAGUGUUAAAUCAGUGCAUUGUUGUUGAUCCUGACGACUUAGCCGUACUAUUUUUUUGGAAUACAUUUCAUUGCAUAUCUACACACUAGUUAGUUUGGCGCCAAUACUGUGUUUUAGUGCACUUAGGGUUUGGAUUAGUAAGUUCUUUACAAGUGGUACAGUGUUAAAUCAGUGCAUUGUUGUUGAUCCUGACAACUUAGCCGUACUAUUUUUUGGAAUACAUUUCAUUGCAUAUCUACACACUAGUUAGUUUGCCGCCAAUACUGCGUUUUAGUGCACUUAGGGUUUGGAUUAGUAAAUUCUUUACAAGUGGUACAGUGUUAAAUCAGUGCAUUGUUGUUGAUCCUAACAAUUUAGCCGUACUAUUUUUUUGGAAUACAUUUCAUUGCAUAUCUACACACUAGUUUGUUUGGCGCCAAUACUGCAUUUUAGUGCACUUAGGGUUUGGAUUAGUAAAUUCUUUACAAGUGGUACAGUGUUAAAUCAGUGCAUUGUUGUUGAUCCUGACAACUUAACCGUAUUAUUGUUUGGAAUACAUUUCAUUGCAUAUCCACACACUAGUUAGUUUGGCGCCAAUACUGCGUUUUAGUGCACUUAGGGUUUGGAUUUGUAUAUUCUUUACAAGUGGUACAGUGUUAAAUCAGUGCAUUGUUGUUGAUCCUGACAACUUAGCCGUACUAUUUUUUGGAAUAUAUUUCAUUGAAUAUCUACACACUAGUUAGUUUGGCGCCAAUACUGCGUUUUAGUGCACUUAGGGUUUGGAUUAGUAUAUUCUUUACAAGUGGUACAAUGUUAAAUCAGUGCAUUGUUGUUGAUCCUGACGACUUAGCCGUACUAUUUUUUUGGAAUACAUUUCAUUGCAUAUCUACACACUAGUUAGUUUGGCGCCAAUACUGCGUUUUAGUGCACUUAGGGUUUGGAUUAGUAAAUUCUUUACAAGUGGUACAGUGUUAAAUCAGUGCAUUGUUGUUGAUCCUGAUAAUUUAGCCGUACUAUUUUUUUGGAAUACAUUUCAUUGCAUAUCUACACACUAGUUUGUUUGGCGCCAAUACUGCGUUUUAGUGCACUUAGGGUUUGGAUUAGUAUAUUCUUUACAAGUGGUACAGUGUUAAAUCAGUGCAUUGUUGUUGAUCUUGACGACUUAGCCGUACUAUUUUUUUGGAAUACAUUUCAUUGCAUAUCUACACACUAGUUUGUUUGGCGCCAAUACUGCGUUUUAGUGCACUUAGGGUUUGGAUGGUGGUACAGUGUUAAAUCCGCAUUUCUAAAAUGAGGCUGAAGAGUCUUUUCGGAUCAGAUCUUUUGAAAUGACAAUGUAAGACAAUGAAAGUGAUGUUAAAACAAGUGAAAUAUUGCACUGUAGUAGCUCUCCACUGUUAUCAUCUCUUUGUAUUAUAAGCUCAUGUUGUUUAGUGCGAAUGACACAUUACGAAACAUAACAUAUAAUGUUUAUUUAUUCACUUGAUUAUGUGAUGUGGUUUCACAUUUAAAUUUUUAGACUGACCAGUAUUAUUUUGCACAGCAAAGACCAGGAUGAAUGUAAAGUAGAAGGCAUGUUACAUUUACGGGAACUUGCCAGGAUUUCAGACAAAAGGCAUACAGUCGUCCCUCGUUUAUUGUGUCGAAUUGACGGUGAUAAAUGAAUUAUCACAAAGUAGGAUUCUUAUUUAUAAAUUAAAUAUUUCCAUUGUUGGAGCAUUAAAAACAUGUUCACUACCUUCUAAAAAUAUGUUUAACAUUAUCUUAGCCCUUUAAACAUGAAAUAACAUACGUAGUCACCUUUACACUCUGUGUUCUAUUCGUUCUGCCCACUGGUCGCUAAGCUUCAUUGCUUUGGCCGCCGUCAAGGCUACAUGAAAAUAAUUUGUCACAUCCUGUGUAAUUCCUCUCAGCUGGAUGUUGAUGUGCUGAAACAAUGGGCGUACGUAGAUCUGCCAAAAGUUCCUCAUUUUGAUCGUCGCUGCAAAGGUUGCAUCGUAGUUAGCGUUGAGUGUCCUGCUGCGUUUUUUUGUCAUUCGACUUCACUCACAUCAAAGUCUCCCCUAAUGUGGAGAUGUGGUAUUGGUAUGGCAGAAGUCAAGGAUGAAAUGCAUUAACAGUUUUACUCUCCACUUAACAUGAAAACCAGGAAUGGAAUCAAUGGCUCUUUCAUUAUGAACAUGAAAGUCCCCCUUGUUUAACUGUGAUCUAUUAUGAUCGCCACAACAUAACUUAACAUAGGACAAAUACUGUACUGUAACAGAUAUGAGACUUAUUUUAGGCCGAAAAAUAUGUAACAUUUUCCUAAAAACGUGACAGUGAAUUUACAAAAGUCAAAGCAUUAAAUGGCGAUGGACAACUGUCGUAAAAAACAAAUCCGUUUUGGAAGCUGUAGCUGCAGCAGGACUCGUCAUUACUUCAUAAUUAUUAACUUCUGUCCAAAACUCUUUAUGAUUCUUCACAAGAUGAGCCAGCAUUACACUGAACUACAAUUGCACACUACAGUGGAAUCUCGAUUUAAUAACCUAAAUGGUUCUAGAAUAGAGUCUGUGAAUAUAGAAGUUUAUAUAUUGAAGCACAUUUCUCCAUGAGAAACAAUGUAAAUAUUAAUAUUUGGUGACAGCCUCGAGAAAAGUCCAUAUUUUAGUAAAUAAUUGUACACUUUGAACACAAUAUACAGUGAUAAAUAGUAGUGUAUAUCAAACAAACAUAAUAAAGGAUGGGUUAACUUUCUAUUUAAUGACAAAGGCCAAACAACAACAACAAACCUUCUAUGCAGCCUGCUUGCCGACACGCACAAACACGUUCACUCGCCCUGUAGGGCAAUCACAGUUUGAAAUCAGAAAACUCUUUAAAGGGGAACUGCACUUUUUUGGGGAAUCUUGCCUAUUGUUAACAAUCUUUAUGAUAGACAUGACGACAGAUGGAUUUUAUUUUUUCGUUCAUUCACACUCCUCUUAAAGCGGAGCCAAUUGGAAAUCCUUUAUUUCGCCCAUGAAAUCAAAUAAAUAACCAUUCAAAAACCGCCAACACUACUCCAUUUACAUUUCAUGAUUUGAAGUAUUAGUGAUAUUGUUAUUAUAAGCACUAAUACAGGCAGACUAUUUAUAGCGGCAACGUGAUCGCAAGCCUGUGUACAAUUUUGACAUUAUCGACUGGUGAGGUCUUUCAUUGCUCCCUGUAAGUUUAUUCUAGAUCAUAAAUCAUGCAUCUCACCUGUACAUAAGAAGUCGGAGGAUGUUUUCCGACAAGUUGGUACACUUUAACAGGCAUUUAGUACUUGAAAAUGGCAAUAAUGACACUAGCUUGGUGCCCCAACCCGUUUCUUCGCGAGGAUUAUGAGUGAUUCUUCAUCUAAAUAUGAAAAUUCUAGAAGUUGGCAUCCUAAUGACAGCAGACCUUAUACAGUAAGUGAUGUUUUGUUAUGUUUGUUGGCUCUCAUGAAGUCUGCAGUGAGUAAUAAUCAUCGAUGAAGGGGAAAAAACAAAGUUUUUUAAAAUAAUGUGCCGUGUAUGCUCAUAUUGAGCUAACAAAUAUCGUAAAAAUUUCUAAAAAGGCUUUAAAAACCCCAUCUGAAAAUCACACAAUGUAA